AUGAGCGCCAAGUUGUGGAUGUCUUCGGGCUCUUCGCUCAUGUCUUCAUCGAUGGCUGAGUCGCCCAUCCAUUCAAUCGCGCAAUACAUCGAAGACUACAUGGAUUUGGUGGACAACGUGCCCAACGAUAUCGCCCGACAGAUGACUCAACUGCACGAACAUAACCACCGAUACCAUCAACUGCUGGAACUGCUGAAGAGCCAACUGGACCUCCUGUCCAACCCGUCGACCAAUGAGUUACGCAAACGAAACGCUUUACUCAAAGUGCAGAGAAGUCUGAUUGAGAUCCAGGAGAUCGCCGACGAGAAGCUGCUUCUCAUUCAAUCCAUUUUGGAUCAGUUGGACUCAAAGGCCCGACAAUUGGACUUUGAUUACCGUUCCGUCACUUUAUUCAACUCGUCGUCCAAUCAGACCAACAACUCGAGGGUUCAGUUGCAGAGCACGUCCUCUUUGGUGACCUCCGGAUACUCGUCGACACAGCGGACGGAGAGCACAACGAGUGGCGGAACCGUUGCCAACACGACGGCUGCCGUUCAGAACACAUGCCAGGAGUCGACUGCCAAAGAGGUGCCGAACGGCAACUCAAACGGACUCUCGAACGACAACUCGAACUCUUCGGGGAAGAGGGCGUCCGCCAGACGUAACACCACUUCGCGCUCUAAUCACGACAACAAUGGCGACAAUCCCUCGAAACGGGCCGUCAAGAGAGGGAUGAAGUCAUCGCACAAAGAGAUGAAGAGAAGCAAGAACUCGAUCACUAACUCCAACAGCAGUAACAACAGUCUGCUAAUGGGGGUGAACUCGCCGCCCAACCUGUACGAGGGGGCGCCCAUAGACCCGGAUGAGCCCACGUACUGCCUCUGCGAACAGGUCUCCUUCGGCGAAAUGAUUUGUUGCGAUAACACUGACUGUAAGAUUGAAUGGUUUCACUUCUCCUGUGUCUCACUCAACACCAAACCCAAAGGCAAGUGGUUUUGCCCNGCAUACGUUUCACUGGAUGUGCCCAUCAGUGCACCAAUUGAUCCCACAAUGGAUUCGUUGCCAUCGACUGAUUGUCUGCAAUCUGUGGACAAACUGCGGACAAUCCGUCCGUUCACUGAAUCCCAGUUAUUGACACUUUAUAACAACAAUCAGUUGGACUCAAACCAACUCUUCAUUGAACACUUCGUUGAGAAAAAUGUUCGCAACGAUAGCAACAGAUUAUAUGAGCUUUUGGUAGAGUUAGAGAAAUGUCGCGAAAGACAUAAAGACACGAACAAUAAAGUGGAAGAAUUGAAGAAUUCUGGUGACGCUCUUCAGGAGAAGGUAUGGUAUCUGAAGCCUAAGACGAUCGCGAAGUCUGGCCGCUGUUCGGAUGGCCGAGUGGUGGAAGCGCUCCACAAAUACAACGAAUCGGUUCUCAAUAAAGACAAUAUCAAGCAAUUGGAUAACACUCUCCUGUGGCUCAAAGAGUGCAUUUCAAACGACAAUUGCAUAAACUUUUAUUUGUCUCAAUUCGUUCGCCUCGAGAUCGAGAACUUCAUGACAGAUAUGAUGAAUGAAAUGGAUUUGAGCCACAAAUCAACACAAUUACGAAACGCUAUUUCAGACCUGUUUUCCUAUCAGAGACGGUGUCUAAUAAUGCGCGACAAAGAACUCAAUAAAAUCACACUUAACUGGCUCUUGAAUAUAUCAUCGCAAUUCAUAUCAAUGGCAACACUGGACGACCAUUUGUUUCUACUAAAUCAUGUGCUUAGAUGUGCGGCCGGGUGUUCAGUUUGGUCCACAUGUCUGAUCCAAUGCCCAAACCCAUUGAACACUUCUGAUCCAGAACUGGCCAAUCACGACAAAAAGAGUAUUGCAAACAACGAUGAGACCUGGCUUUUGGUCGAUCCCGAUAUGAGUGGCGAAGAUGUGACCAAUAGUUACCUACAAAUUGCCGAAUUAGAUGUCAUCCGUUUCCUAAAACAGGUUCCUUUCAAUGAUGUCUUGAAAUACGUGCGAACAGUGUUAGCCGUUUCUGAUCUUUGGGUCAGUUGUAAGAAUGAGUUCGUGUCCGGAGAUCAGGCGAUGAUUCUUCGACUUCAAGUGGAAUUCGAUCACUUCAUGUUGAGGUCAAUGAUCGCCAUAUUGACGACCAAUAGACAAGGCGUCUGGACAUUCCUGUCGGUGUUCCCAUUCGAUGGCGUGUCUGAGUCGAUGAUGUGGCACAUCCUUUGGGUCGUGUAUAACAAUGGAAGGGAUGAAUUGGACGAAUUGGGCGGUCUUUGUCCUUAUUUUAGUGUCAAUUACUGGAAGAAUAAGUUUCAAGAAGUGACGGUUCAGUAUCUGUUCAAAGAGAAGUUAAGCUCACUUACAGUAUGCAUUGACUUAUUCUGCGAACUACCCAUUCAUUUGUGGAAUCCAGACAACGAUGACAUCGAGUUGUUAACUGAAUGGCUGAUCGCUUAUCCAAUCGAGCAUUUGCUGAACAGAAUCGCCAGAAUUACAUUCUCUCGACUCAACUGGUCUUAUGACUCGAAUAAAGAAUUGUUUAUUGAAAUCGGAAAACACCGAAAGCUUGCCAUUGAAUUGUUUGCCGCUAUAAACGGUCAUUCAUUGAUGAAAACUCAAAAGGACUGCCUUAAGAGUAACUGCAAAGAGUUUGGAAGCAAUGCUUUACUAUCUUUAGCCAAAUCUAUUAAUCCCAUUGACUUCACUAAAUGGGUUUGGAAUCAAAUGAUUGUUUUGAAAUUGCAUUCAUUAGAAAUUGACGACAAGGACUGGGACUUUAUAUUUGACGAUAAAUUAGAUUCCAACCAAAGUGGAGAUAAUAUUCUUCAAUUGCAUUUCGAUACAAAUCUGAUACCAAUUUGUAGAGCCGUCGAAGAGCAGAACCCAAUGGCCUUAUAUUUAGCGCUCACAAUGACAGACUUCGGACAAAAUCGAUCUCUGGAUAAAAUAAUUGAAUCGCUGGAAUUAUUCACUGAACGCAACGAAGACUUGGUUCCAAUGAUAUGCCAUCAGUUGUCGAAGUUUUCGAAUAAACAAAAUAAACUCAAACUUCUUAUUUGUUGGACUGAAAUCAUGUUUGAAGUGAUUGGCUCUAUAUUACGAGUGAACGCCAACUCAUGGUUUAGUUCCGGUGCCUCAAGACUACAACAAAUCGCUUAUAUAUUUGAAAAGAUUGCAGUUUUGCUAUAUUUGGACCAAAACCUUAAAGAGUUGUAUUUCAAGUAUUUGACUGAAAAUCCAUUCGACAUCCAGUCGUGGAAACUGCAGACAUCCGGAUGGUUUUCAUCCGUAUUCAGUUGGGGCUCAAAAUCUAAUCAGAAGUGCGAAUGGAUUACUCCUUUCCACUUGAUUUACAAACAAAAUGCCAGUAAUGUAUGGCUCGCAUGGCUUUUCAUACAAACAGAUGCCCUUCGGUUCGACAAAAUAUGGGAGAAGAUUGUCCACGAAAUCAGCGAAAGUACGGAAUUCACUGUAGAAGCAGUCGUUAAGUCGGUUUGUCAGAAAGAAAGCUCUUCUGUCAUUCCAUUGCCAUUACUUCCAAUCAAUUCGUGGUCAACCCUCGCGACUAAUUCUGUGGCCAAACCUCCCAACGAAUUAGAGCCGUUUGUUUGGUUCAAAUUCUUUCAAUUAUUCUUUUCGAGCAGUGAUUCCAGUCGUUCUGUUGGACAGAAUUUUAUUAGCGAUGAAAAGCGUAAAAAAUUGGUAACAAAACUGAAUGCUUUAAUUGAUUUCCAUCACAAUCAAUGGCUUAAAAGUGAUCCAAAUGAGAGCCAACUAAACACAAUAGACGAUCAGUUGACCAAACUAUACAGGGCUUACAUCCUAUGGUUAGAUGACUCGCAAUUACAUGAAGUUUUUGUGAACACGGAUGAACUCCCGGCGCAAUAUCUCAAAGAUUUGCUCAGAUGUGCCAUAUCUAACACAGAAUAUCCCGACUUUUGUGAUAAAUAUAUUGAUAUAAAGCGCAUUCAAAUGGAAGCCUCGAGAAUAUAUGACUUAUGGCUUGAAUUGCAUUCAACUUCUCUUAUUUCAAACAUUGAUUGUGGAAGCGAUGAGAAGAUUAUUAAAAUUGAGGACGAAUUGCCGCUAAAUAUACCUGAAGUGAAGAAGACGAACCUGGAUUCGUUUAAUGUAAACAUUAAAUCCAUUGAAAACAGUUCGGCUCUUCUGCUGCUAAUUCAGCAUAACGUGAGAGUCGUGUUGGAAGAGGCGAAAUUCUUUGAAAAUUUAUUACAAAAGUUUGAUGAUUUGAAUAAGAAUUUGAUGCAAUCAUUGCCUGAUCUCUACCCUAACAUUAAGAAAGAAAUAAAAUUGAAGAUUUCUUGCGAGAAAGACAGAUUGCCUGAUCUCUACCCUAACAUUAAGAAAGAAAUAAAAUUGAAGAUUUCUUGCGAGAAAGACAGCUACGAUCCGAACGGCUGCACCGGACCCGCGCUCUUCAACAUUGAAUUCAUCGAAGCGACUCUAAAUCAACACUCAUUGAAGUCUAUCGAAAGAAACCGAAUUGACUUCGAGAAUACAAUCUCACAACUGAUCGAAACGCCGUCUAAUAAAGUGGUUUUGGCCUCACUUUUCAUAGAGAAAGCCAUUCCAAUAUUGAUAGAAUCGUAUGAUUUCCAUAUUGAAGACAAUCAGAUAGAGAGAUCACUGUUGGGCUCAAUAUUGUCGUGGAUUAAUGACACCAAUUAUAUGUAUCCGCCCUCUAAACGAAUGUUCACUAAUUUGCUCGACUCCUUAGGAUCGAUCGCAGAAAUACGUUGCGAUGAAACGAAUAAAUUUGUUUUGGAAACGGCUAUAAAUUAUCCCAAAAUAAUUGAAUAUAUGGCGCCACGUCUAAAGCCCUCUAAGACCUCUUCUCAGUGUUUCCUCGAUAUGUAUCAACUAAUUGAGCAAAAGAUUACAAAAACUCCGGCUCAGGUGUCGUUCGUACUUCUCAGUAAAUCAAUAGCGCCGUGUCUUUGGAACGAUGUUUUGCUUUCAUUUGGUUUCUUCAUAACUCAAGAAGACAUGGAUUUGUCUGACUUUUAUGUCGAACUAAAGAAAUACUCUAAUAAUCAGCCAUUGUUUACAGCCAAUGAGGUUCUCCUCUUUGACAUCUUAUCGUUGAUGUCGACUCAAAUGGCUGAGGCCUACCGUGAGAUAUCACUUGAAUUUCUGGACCACUUUAAGCUUUACAUUAAGAGAUAUUUGACAUUAAUAUCGACGCUUUCGUUCUGUUGGCUGAACGCCAACUCCCGGAUGCCUCCCUGUGAUAUUCUCAAUGUUUGGCGUCCUUUCUAUGACAACUGGAAUGUGUGGCUCUUUCCUAAGCGGUCCACACGUUUCAUAAGUGCCGACAAUUUCAAGUUGGUUUGGGAUCUCUUUCUCAUUAAUGUUAACUAUUUCAUAGAAUGCUUUCAGGGUAUGCUGUCGAGUGUACUGUCGUGUGUCUGGCAGGUUGUCCUCUCUUAUGUGAUCUCUACCAAAGCAAUUGAUGCUAAAGAUCUGGUUUUGAUUCAAAACAAAAUCCAGACAUUGAAUUGGAAUAAGUUUUGUCCCAAUGUUAUUGAUAUUAAGCUUAUGUAUGAGGCUGUCAUCCAAGACCAGUACUCUAUUGAGCCAUUUAUUGCAUAUGUGUUCACCAAAAUUGAUUGGAGACAUACACUUAAGAACCAGUCAUUAACCACCGAACAAAUGGCUUUAAUAGUGGAGAACAUGUCUUAUACAAUGGUUUCGCUCUCUUCCCAAAAAUGUUUGGUCGAAGUGGAUAUGGAAUCGAUUCCAUUCGAGUUAUUGACGGCAAAUAAAGUGCAAUCUAUUAGUCAAGUGAUUGUUCGUGUAAUCAAAUUGAAGUCAUAUUUCUUUGAAUCCAAUAACACGAGUCACAGUUUUCUGUUGAGUUUACUCAAACAGAUUUGUCUUCUCUGUGACACUGAUGUCAUGGACGAGAACUGGUUUUUAAAGCACAGGUAUUACGCCAACUGUAUCUCAUUCCUUAUUAAAGAAUUGAGUACCGGUGACAAUGAUUUGGUCACUAAAUAUCCCCUUGAAAUCCGCAAAUUCAUAACCACUUGCUUUGAAGACUUGAGACCUGCCUUCCAGUCAGAUAUUGAUGGCAGCGAACGACUAAUCCUUUUCAAAGAACUUCUAAUGUGUUUGAAUGAUAUCCCCAAUGAAGAGAUCAGAAAAAUAGUGUCCGAACAGUACGCCUUGUGUUUUAACUUUGAAAAUCCAAACAUUAUCUGUGAUUUGAUUCAAUCGACGUGUCAGACAGUCAAACAUAUCGCCAGCUAUUUAUCUCUAAUCGAGACAUAUAUUAAUAACUUCUUCAAAGCCGAAGGAAACGUUUCCAAUUUGAUGCGAGUAUUUGAGAUCCCAAACAAUAGCGAAGACUUUAUGGUGGCCUGUGUUACCAGAAAUGCUUCCCUCACUCUAACCAUACAUUUGUUGAGUAAAUUAGCGGUCAUUGAGGACACGAAACGGUUUGCUUGCAAUUUGAUGAACUGGUGCUCGCAGUUGAGACCCACUGCUGACGAUGAAUCCAAAGUUCUGUUGCUUUGGUUUAAAAUAUUGACAAUAAGUGAGAGUUUGGUGGAUACGGAACACGAGUCCAUUGAAUUGAUUCAAUGCAUUCACAAGUUUUGUAAGACUUUGUUCGAUGUGGUCGAGGAAACGGUAUACCAGGGAUUCCUCUCAUUCAUGCGGACCAAUCGAAAGUCAUUUUCUGAAAGGUGUACGGUUUUGAUACUCUGUCUGUCACUGCAUGGAAUCAAACAUCUGAAUGAUUGCAUCUCUCGGUCGAGUCCUCUGAACGCAGAUCUCAAUACAGUGUAUAAGUCAGCCCUCAAUAAACUCCAGAGUCUAAAGAAAGGCAAAUCAUUCGUCGAUUUAUUGCCAUUAAUAGAGAAUAUGAACUCUAUUUUAGACAGAAAUGAGUCGACAGUAGAAUCGACUCAACUCAUCAAACAGUCGUUAAUUGCCUUCUAUUCCGACAAUUCCUGUCUCACAGCCCUUCUCUAAUUGCAAUUCAAAUAAAAUUACGAUUUGUUAAACAUUUUUUAUUCACAG